GCAAACAAAUAUGGCGGAUGAUGAAGAUGGUAAAGACACUUUGAGGCAGUUCGUAGAGAAUGAGUGUAAAGCGCAAGCCCUCAGAGUGAGUUGAUUUUGAAAUUUAUUGGGCUUAAAAUAUUGCUUCUGUGAAAUGCACUACGAUGUUCAUGCUAUGUUUGCUUAAAGUUUUUGAUGUAAACGUAAAAAACUAAGGUUUGCUUGUACGUGUAAGAUGUUUGUUAUCGGUUUUAACGGCUGUGGAAAAAAAAAUUCUGUUCUGGGAAAGGGGUGCCCUUAAAGAUCAUGAGUAGAAGUUCCUUUUAAUAAACCCUGGCUAGCUAUGUCUUGUUACGUGCGCAUGUAAAAACACUAAACAUGUACAGUUUCCCCUCCUUUUUAGCCACCCGGUACAAACUCUGAUGAUACAGCCUUAGAUGCCGAGAGAAUGAACAGAUUUUACCAGCGUGCUCUGAAUGAGAGUGAAAGGUACGUAGUAAACCCCAGGAGGGGUACUCCGGAUUUCAAGGAACGGGAUGAUCGAAUUGGGGCAAAAAUGAAACCCAAAAAAAUCCCGAGGACUUCCAACAAAACCCAAACAAACCCCUAGACCAAAAAUAAACCUGAAAAAAAAUCCCAUGCAUUAGAAGUUAAGUGUUUGUGUUUGUUCAUUCAAAGAUUGCUUUGAAUACCCCCAAAAUUCCCUUUUUAAAUCAAACCACCCUAACGAAAACCUUGCCAGAUUUUCCGACCCAAAAAAUCCCAGAAUCAAAAAUUUCAUAACCACCACAUACAGGCGAAGCUUGUGACCUCUGGUCUUGGUUAAAACUUUGUCUGCAAUAUUCCUUGCCAAUUAUCUACAUUUGGGUCUUUGAAAAUGCCCUAUACCUAAGACUUUACUUAUGCACAAAGGAUAUUUCCCUUAUCUGCAGCCUGGUUGACAUCCACAAACUUAAUUAAUCUUAGAUAGAUCCAAUUAGACUUUAGGAGGACCCAUUAAAGGCAGCCCAGUAUUAUAAAAAUGGCUGUUGUAGCUGUCAUUUUUUUACUGUUGCAAGUCAUUGGAGACCAAAGAAACUAAGGUGUACCUCACUCCCCCUCCCCUCACCGACCCCAACCGCAACUGCAACCCCCGACUCCCAAGAAAAAAAAAUUAAACUUUUUUAAAACAAAAUAUAUGUGUAGCAGCAUUGUGUUGUUAAGCAAGACUGUAGCCUAAAAGCAGGUUCUUAAAAUUCUUAUUAGAGGAAAGGGAAGAGAUGUUAAGAGAGAGAUAGAAAGAGAGAAAUAGUGAACAAGAACAACAACAAUCUAUUAUCUUUUUUCCGGACCAUUUAACAAAAAAAAAUAUUUUCAAGCUAUAAACUUUAAUCCACUCCAUUAUUUCUGCUCUUUUGGUCUUUUCUCUUAAUCAAAGCACUCUUUUCCUGUUCCCAGCAUUUUACGCCUUCCAUGUAAGGAAUAAAAGCCUUUUUUCUUUUAUUAGAAUGAGCAAUGAAGUCACAAAAUCUCAAAAACAACGAAGUGAACUUCACAAAGAGCUUAGUAAAGAUAUGCUUGAGAGCUGGACACAAGAUCAUGCUCAGGAGGUUCUCUGUCCUCAGACAUAUGAACUUUGGAGUAAAGAGGAGGAAAAAGCUAAAAAGGUUUUACAGGAGCUAGAAAAAGCCUCCAUAAAUGACGAUGAAAGUAGUGAUGAUGCAUCUCACUAAAGAAAUGACUCAAGUUUUAG